CUUUGCAAGAGUCACGUUCUCCACAGUUCCUGCAGUCUGCAUCUCAAAAGUCUCUCUAGUGUCUCAGAACAUUUCAGACUGUAGCAAUUUAGCUUAACUGGCUUGGUUAACUUCAGCAAGAAGAGCAAUGAAGAGGAUCCAACCUUUUACCAUCGGGACUAAGUUAUCUGUCCCCUCCGAGACAAAAUGUUUGGAUUGUGUGGGAAUCAUCCUUCCUGUACCGGGUCUGGACUGCUGUGAAUUGAGAAACGACUCAAACGAUGACGAUUCUUCCUUCCAUCAGGAGAGAGUGUCCACAUCCACAACAGCGGAGGGACUUUCAGACGAUAUUAAAGAGGAAGAUGAGAGGGAUUCUGUGUCCCCAUCAACCUCCUCCAGAUCUAUCAAGAAGAUUGCUAUGUGCGCAAACGCUGAAAGCCGGAUGAACUGCCAUGUCGCUGACUUUAACGUGACCAACUCUGAGACGAACAAGCCAAGUACUUCUACUGAAAAGCAGUUUCUAGUUGAGGAAAGACUGAGUGACAAGUCUGGUGCACAGCUAGAGACUGAUUCAUGGACUAAAGGAAGGAAGAUAAGGAACCUUCAUUACGAUAAAGGCAUGCCAGCUUUCCCAUGUGAUCAACCAGAGGAAGCGGCUCACAGCCAAAGGAGAGACCUCAAGGACAUCGAGAACUCUCUCAUCCAACUGACAACAAGUCUGGACCUGAUGCAGGAGGAACCAGAAAGACCUCUUCCGAACACGUCAGAUGGUGUAGAUUUAGGAUUGGAAAUGUUUAGAACAAGACAAAGCCCGGCGGACCACGUUGACAAAUCGUGGCUGAAGUUAAGAUCACUCCUUAGGGACUAUCAUCAAGAUCUCAUGUUGGCGCUAGACGUUUCAUCGUUUUACCAACAGGCUGACAGCAUCAUCAGCAGUAUUAAUUGGAAGAGGAACCUUGUAUUGGCGGGCGAGAUCCAAAAAAGCGACAAAGAGAAGAGAGAAAUUGCCUGUCAGAUCAACAUGCUGAAUGAGUCUGCGUCUCGCCUGUCAACUCUCCACCCAACCCUGGCCAGAAGAGUUACAUGCAAACAGGCUGAGGUGAAGGAGAACUGGGCACUUCUCCAGGAGUUUCUCCGGAACCAGAAGACAGAUGUGUCUUCAAAACGUCCGUCAACUUUACCCAUUGAUCCUCCAACCACAUGCCAUGAGUCACAGAGCUUUGCUAGAAAUGAGGGUCACAGCAUAAUGGGAAAAGACGUCAAAGAGGAGCAAAACCGUCUCAGAGGAUUUGAGUGCUCUCAAGGGCUGUGGGCCCAUAGGAUGUGGAGUCCAGUUGAGGAAUGUUCUGUAGGGAGUCGAGGCUCACUGUCGGAGAACAGCUGUUCCAAGCUGGACAAUAUCUCGGAAAAACAGGACAGGAAGAGCUGUAUCGCCCAGAUGGCUCAAACAACCCCUGUUUCCGCUCAAGAUUGUUUCAUACCCAAUAAGCUGAUGAAAGAGUCAAAGACAUCCACUGGGAUGAAUGAAGAGCAUGACUGCUCAAAGCAAAGACAAGACCACAAAAUAGAGGAGCUCCUAAGCCAGGUGGAGGUCCUUUGGGAUGCCCUGCAGACGAAAUAUGAAGAGAACAAUCAGACUGAACUAGUGGAAAAAACCCAAACUGGAGAUAAAGCCGUACAGAUGGUAUCAGAAUUCACGCUCUCAAACCAUCUCCCGGAAAAUGUAGAAGGCGGCAGUUCAGGAAUGCUUGAAAAGUUCCUUGAACUUCUGGAUCCCACAGGAUAUCACAAAAAGAGCCAAGAUGUUCCUGGACCACUGGAUAGGCAUGAAAUGCCUGAGGAUGCAGAAAUGUCACUAGAUCAAACUGAUCAAGAAAGAUCCCAGAAACAGGACCAGACCACUGAUGAACUACAAAGCUCGGUAUCUAAUCUAACACUGCAGAUAAACCAGCACCUCUGCCGCUGUGCUGAGCUCAGUAUGGACCUCCUGGACAUAGAAGCAGAUAUGGCUGUGCUUUGUGACUCUGACCUCAGUGGUCUGGAAGGCCUACAGGAGCAGCAGGAUGACCUAGAGGCUCACUCUAAUAUCAUUGAGUCGGAGGUGAGAGAGAUGGAAAGACUAGCCAGACAGCUAAAGGUUCCUUCCCCAGAGGAGAGAGACCCUCUCAGGGAAGAAGUUCAGGCGAUCCUGCAGGCUUGGGAGGAAGUAGGCCGCAACAUGACUGAGAACAGAGGCCGCCUGGAGAAGUUUCACCAGAUUCAGGACUACUUUGAAAACUAUCUUGCCAUGAUUACGUGGACAGAGAACACCAGAUCCUGUAUCCUUGCUGGCAGCUCUGCUUGCAGAGAGAGUGAAAUUGCAGAGAUUGAUCACUGCAUUGAAACAAAGCUGGAUGAGUUUAGCAAACUGGCCGCAGCUGGUCAAAUGCUUAUGCAAGAUGAGAGUCCGUUUAAAGACAUUAUCAAGGAGAGAACAGAUGAGUUGCAAAGCAUGAUGGGAUGGAUCCAGGUGAACUGGCACGCUCAAAAAGAGCAGCUUAAGGAUGGGAAAUCAGAGUCAACAAAUUAUUCCGCUCAACAGCAGGCUCUGUCUUUCAAAAAUCCUUCUGAUAGUCUCUGCAGAAAUGGAGAGGCCAAAGGAGGUGCUACUGAAACACAGUCAUCUCAAAACAACUUCGAGCAAAAGAGCGGGAGGCAUGAUGUUUCCAGUCUUGUCAGUCAGGAGUCCUGCCUUUCAAAGACUUCGCUAGGGUCUAGCAUUUGUCUCAUUUUGACCUUUGAUGAACAGUCUUCAGGCAUCAACCAAGUGACAAAGCAAUGGUCACCCAACAAUAAUGACAUACAUGAAGAGCCAGCAAGCAGCACUCAGGCGGACAGACAUCAAUCACAAGACAAAAACUCAAUGCAAAUGCAACAGCCACAAGAAAUGCUUCUGGUGAAAUGGCAGAAUGAAUCAGCCAUGAGUAAAGAGACCCAACAAAAUUCAUCUUUUUGGAAUCUCGGACAGUUGCAAAACAAAAACCAUGGAGAACAAGUCCAGUCACUAAGCAAACAGGAAGUAUCCAGCCUUUUGUCCCCAUGUAACACUGAAUCAUCGUUUUGCAACCACCUAACAGAGAAUCUGCAGUCCAUCAACAAGCGAUCUAAUCUGCGAUUAUCACCAGACACUGAUCAGGUGCAAAAACUAUCAGUCAUGCAUCAAGCGCAAAAAAACCCUCAGUCACCAAACUACAAACAAGACUUGAUGCGAAAUGCAACACAAAACAAUCUAGAAACAAACCAAAACCAAAGCGACGACCACCUGCGGCAUGAAGGGGCAGCUGAAGUCACUCAUAGAGUCUUCACGUAUUUACACGUCUCGGAUAGUUACAGAUCUGCAGGACGAGUCUUGGAGGUCCCAUCCCCACCACAUGCAGAAGGACAGGACGUGACCACCACUGAGUUGGGUUCCUCCUCAGUUCAAUCAAAGCCUUCCUCCUUCUCGCAAAAUGUCACAGCUGAAGGAGGAAUGGUUGACAAGGCAAGUUCUUUGUUUGAGAUUAAAGAACCGAUCAGACGUAAGGAGGAUGAGGAGAGGAGAAACUCUACGCUUGGCAAUAUAAGAUUGGAAAGGUCUGGCAAAUCUUUAAGCUUUUUCAGGCGGAGGUGUAACACUUGGCCAGAAGGAGAACGGAAAGCGAAAGAAAGUCAUUCAAACUCCAAUCUUCAGGUUUUCAUUAAAAAAAAUGCGUUACCUGUGGAUUCUGUCAUUGAUAACAACCCUUUUCCAGAAGACAGUUUGCCCAAUGCUGUCAAGACUUCAAGUGGAGCAGUUAAAAACAUCUGCUCUUAUUUGUCUCUGGGAUCCACUCUUAGCUUCAGUCUUCCCAAGAGCUUUCACAACAGUGUCUCGGACAUGGAAAAUAACAACCAAACAUUACCAUCAACUCGCACUCCACAAUUAGAGCUAGAGGUGGAACCAAUGAUUCAUAUGAGACAAACUGAAAUAAACCCGGUAGAUAUGGAAGAUUCUGAAGAUACAGAAGAACCUGAGGUCACAACCCAACAAUUGAAUCAAGUUUAUGAAAGCACAGAACCCGCCUUGAGGGUUUUCACAUUACUUGAAUUUGAAGGACCUGAUAAUGAUUCCUCGAGCUGUCACAAAGCCUCUCCUCCAGUGGUCAAUGGUUCCCCAUCAGUCGGUCAAUGCAGGCCUCUAUGUCCUUCUUCAUCCUGUGGUCACAAUUGCUUUAGUGUUCAUACCAAAAUAAAAGACCUGAAUGGCCACUUAUACAACACGUCUAAACAUGUGAAGAUAAACGUCUCAGAAAACGUGUUCCCUAAUGGUCAGGGCUACCGUAAGAGAGGCCGUAUCAUAAACUGUGGUGUGAGAGACUGUGCGCUGUGUUUCGGUGAUACAGUGAAAGAGACCGGAGUAGACUGUGCAGAGAAAGCAGACAUCAGCACAGAGGAGCUUCUUCAGCCAGGGCACUGGCUGUUUCAGCAGGAGGAAGAGGAACUGGAAGAUAUCUGGAGAGGAAGAGUGGGGAAUCUCACUUCAAACUGUGCUGUGGAGAAAAAUACCGAUGAAGAAACAGGGCUAUCAAUCAAAACCAGCAGGGGGCAGGUAGCACACCCACUCCAUGGAUGAGAUGGUUAUGUUGCCCAUGUAACCCCGUCCCAUCAUUGGCAAGAUGGGUUAUGUCAUGGAUGGGAUCGUUUUGAACAUCUCAUCAUUUAUCUGCUGUGCAUUUACUAUGCUGUACAUGUAUCAUUUUACUUCAGUUUAUUCUCCUCUAUAUCAACAUGGUAAAUUUAAUGCAAAACUGUCAUUCAAGGUUGAUCCGAGACCCACUGUAUAGACUACAGUGCAGACACACAAUAGAAGUUUGAAAUUACCAUUGCCCAACUCCAGAUGGAGCCCUUGUCCUGCUUGCAGCGGAAGGUUUAACCCAUGUGCAAUAAAAAGGCGCCUCUGUACACACCCAUUUCGAGCUAACAACAGAAUCAUUAGACCCAGAUACAUCAUCCUGCUGAUUUGGAAAUAAUAACAAGACUGUCAUGAGAAAAAAAAUGCAUAUGGCACUCCCCUUUAUUACCAGACUCUAUUAUAAUAAACUGUACAUCUCAGAAAACAGUUUGUAAAUCACUAUGAUGGAGCAUAUAUGCCAUUGAAGGGAUUAUUAAUGUGUUUGUGUGGCCAUAAAGUGCUGUUUUGUUAUUCUCACAAUUACAUCGUUAACUAUUUUGCACAAAAUAAAACUGAAUCCACACAA